ACGAUUGAUAUUUAGUCAAUUGCCCGUUCAGGUGGUGGAGCGCGUCGGCGCGGUGGUCGAGAAUGGCGCCGGCAGAGAGUGGCCGUGACGAUCUGGUGGCCUACCUAGACGUGUGGGUGGCAUUGAGCGAGGAACAUCUGAAGAAUCAAGUUUUCACACGGCUAGACAAUGUGCACUUGCUGGUGUAUGCGAAUGCGGAGUUCUCUGUUGGCAGAAGUCCGAAAUGUCAACAUGGCAUCAGCCAACUUUCCGACCCAACUAUCUCAAAUCAGCACAUCAAGUUUCAUUCCAUUGUGUACGACACUACCGAGACCAUAAGCGUGCCGCCAUUGGUUUACGCCGAAAAUCGAUCGAUGAAUGGCACCUAUCUGCAGAGAUUCGUUGACCCGACACGCGACUUCCAUAAAGAAGGUAAUGUUCGCAAAUAUUCGCAAAGCAUAGCCGACAUGAAUGAGUCUGUUCAUGGACGAGUGCGGCCUCCUGGACGUCUCAUGGACUCAACUAUGGGAGCAACUCUGCUCGACGAAGAAGAUGAACUCUGGGUCAAUCCCCGUUUGAUGCUCAACUACCAUGUCGCGCCAAGAUUUCGGAAAACUCCAGAUCCCUUAGAGAGAGAACAGAGCGAUAUGAAGUGUUUUGCUGGACAUUACAAGAUCACAGGUCGAAAAAUAGGAUCAGGUGGUCAUGGUAACGUCUAUGUUGCACUACACCGAAGGUCUCAGCGGCAGCUUGCCUGCAAAAUCCUCGACCUUGAAGAUCCAGACGAUAGACAUACUCUAGCGCAAACGCCAGAGCGCUAUGAAACGUCACGUACGGCCAACGGUUUUGCCAGACAUCAAAAUGCUGGUGACAAAGACCCAGCAAUAGACGCAAUGCCCAUGAUUACUACCGACCAGCAGGCGCACAAACUCAAGGAACAACGACGACAACAGCCAGUGUUUAAAGCCCUUCGAGAGUGUAAAAUUCUGAAAGACCUUGACCACCCCAAUAUCAUCAGCCUCGAGAAGGUCUAUCAUAGCCCUUCUCACAUAUACAUCUUCGAAGAAAUGAUCACGGCUGGAGAUCUUUUUUCCUACAUCGAAAAGAGGGGAGCCGGCGAAAUGCCUCCCAUUGAGGCAGCUGUGAUUGUUUGGCAAAUCCUCAAAGGCCUUGAAUACCUGCAUGACCGAAACAUUGUACACCGAGAUUUGAAGCCGGACAAUAUUUUAUUGACGUCCACCAAGCCAGGCGCUAGAAUCGUCAUCGCAGAUUUCGGAGCAGCUCGGUAUAUAGAUCGUCCGGAACCACAGAAGCCGACAGACACGCCAGCAAAAAGGAUGUUCUCAAUCGUGGGGACUGUUGAGUAUACUGCACCGGAGAUUUAUCAGAAGAAGGGAUACUCGAUGGCAGUUGACAUGUGGUCCUUGGGAUGUAUCACUGCAUCUCUCUUGAGCGGAGAUGUCAUAUUUGUCGACCGUCUAAAAACAGGCUUCAAUGAUAAUCCACUUGGUGUGGUAUAUCCAUUAGCCUCUGUCUGCGACCUCAGUAUCUUGGAUACCGAUGGCUUCUGGAAGUCCAUUGACCACAGACCCAAGGAUUUUAUUCGCCAAUCACUUGUCCUGAACGAAUCCGAACGCAUGACUGUCAAGCAGGCACUGGGGCAUGCGUGGUUCACUCAUGACGGCAGAGUCGUCGAGUUUAAAGCAGCUUAUCAACGUGCUACCGAAAAAUGGAAACCCAGAGGAAAGAUAUUCAGAGCUGUUGAACAGAUCUGUCCCCCGCCGUCUGACUUUGAGGGACAUCGUUCAUCACAUUUUCCACAGGAUAUUUCUCAGUGCCCUUCGGUCCCUGCGCUAGGAACGGCAGGGUUGCGGACUGCUACUCAACGACUGUCACCUAUACUAGAGGAACCUGAAACACUCGGUGCAAGCCCGGCUGGACCGGAGUCGUUCGAGGAGCCUGGCAAUUCCAUUCCAGUUUCCCAAAUGCCGACACUAGAAGACGCAUUCCAAGAAGACAUGACCCAGCUGACCAUCUCUGAGCCAGAUCCAAUGCAGCUGAUACAUCAGGAGCAAAUUGAGACACAAUGUACAGUCUCAACCAUAGGCAUGACACAACCUGGAGCCGUAGAUGAGCGUCAAACAGCAGCAAGUUUCUCACUUAGACGCGAAUCCUCUUCCGGGUACAGUGACAUCGAUGAUGUUGACAUGUUUGAGGCGGAAAGACAGUUCGAAAGCAAUGAGCCAGCUUAUAAGAAAAGACGCCUGUCUUGAUGAGCUAAUGAGGCUUAUUUCAACGAGCUGGUG